AUGAAAGAACCAAUCAACAAUUUUGCUAAUUCUACCACAGCAGCUUAUUUGGCAUAUCAUUCAUUUCAUCCUAUGUUUUUAGCAAAUUAUAUUAUUGGAGAAGAGCUUGGAUCAGGUGGAUUUGGAUUUGUUGUAUCUGCUCGUGAAAGAAAGACUGGUAUCGAAAGAGCUGUCAAAUUCAUCUUUCGAGACAAGGUCCCCCCUCAUAGUUGGGUUAGGGAUAGAGGACUCGGUCAAUUAAUUCCAAUGGAAAUUUAUAUUUUAAAAAACAUUCGUCACUCAAAUAUCAUAGGUUAUGUUGAUUUCUAUCAGGACCCUACAUUCUGUUAUCUUGUUAUGGAAUUACACGGUACUCAAUGGUCUACUACCAACACAACUACCAUCUCUCGAUCCCCUGCCCUCUCAGAGACAUCCUCUUGUAACAGUUCAGUUGUACUUGAUUCUCCUGUAAAUGAAGAUAUUCCAUUCUUUGAUGAAAAUCCUCGAGUCAUCAAAAGACGUACUUCAUGUGAUUUAUUUGAAUGUAUUGAACGACAUAAUUAUUUUGAAGAACCUAUUGCUAAAAUGGUUUUUAAACAAAUUAUUUCUUGUAUUGCUUAUCUUGAUUUACUUGGUGUAUGCCAUCGUGAUAUCAAAGAUGAAAAUAUUGUUAUUGACGAUCAAUUUCAGGUCAAAUUAAUAGACUUUGGAUCUGCUGUUUUAUUACCUCAUCACUUUGGAGAAAGGAAUAAAAGUUAUUCAUUUACUCAAUUCUUUGGUACAGUGAAUUUUGCAUCACCCGAAAUCUUAAUGAAUAAACCUUAUCGAGCUGAACCAGCAGAGAUUUGGUCCUUAGGUGUUCUACUGUAUACUAUUUUAUUUGGUGAAGUUCCCUUCCAUGAUUCUAAUAUGGCAAUUGCUGGUCAGUUUGUUCAGCCUAAAAUAAAAGUAACUUUAGAAUGUUAUUCCUUAAUCUCUUGGAUGUUAACUCGUUCACCAGAACAAAGACCUACAAUUCAUCAAGUUUUAAUGCAUCCUUGGUUCAAACAAUUAUAA